GUGUGUGGAAGGAUGCCCAGAGCUGGAAAGAGAGGGGUGGGGUGUGGCGCAGGAGGGAGAAAGGGUGGCGGUUGCAGGCCAAGCCCUAUCAGAAGGGGGUUGGGUAUGGAGGCCUGCAGGGAAUGGUACAUGGAGGGGGGCUACUCACUGCAUGUAUCGCUGCAGCCCCAGCAUGUUCAGGUUCAGCUCUCUAUCACCCUAGCUUGGUGGGGAGCUGUGCAGAGGAGCACAGUCUUGGUGCUAUGAGAGACAUAGAAGGGCCUUUUUCUUUGUUUCCCCUAGCCGGAGGGGGUGCAUGUGUCUACACUGGGGCUGAGCUGCUACCUCAGCUUUAGAUAGGCUGCCCCAGCCCAUCCUCAUGCUGCCCGAGGUGCCUCUUUUUGUACCCUCUCAUUUCUCUCUCAUCCCUGCUACCCCAGCUUUCUCCAUGCCACCCCACACAGUGAGCCGAGGCAGGAGUACCUACUAAACACGAAGGUAUUAUAGUUAAGAGAUGUGGCUCCCACAUACACCCACCUGAAUGGGAGCUCUUGUCUGUGCAAGCUACAGAAGCUGCUAGUUCUGAAGGCAGCAUUUCGUGACUGAAGUGUCAGAGACUGAUUGUUUGUAAAUCAAACAAAUCCUAAAAGGGGCAGUGUUCUCUUUAGAUGGCUCUGGGUCACUGUGGAGACACUUCUGUAGUCUAGUCUUACAAAAGAAGGAUUGUCACAAGGAAGACCUUGCAGUCUUAUAUCAGAAUGCUUUGAUGAUUGUAGUAUGUCCUGUUGUCAGAUUAAGAGGUGGAGGAGGUCCUAGGGUACCAAUAAGGUAUUUCUUUACCUUUUGCCAGGCAGAUUUCUGAAAUGAGGUGCCAAAUAUGUGUUGGCAAGGCUAACUGUCUGCGUCAAAUAUUAGCUCCACUGCUAUUUAGCUCAUGGUGAAACCCCACACUCACUUGCCUCUGCGUAUGAAUGGACUUAUCAAGGACAGGGGCCAUUUUCACUGGGAUCAGUGUGCAAGACUCAAUCUGGCACUUCAUGCCUCAAUCAGCUGGUGGGAUUACAGUUUGCCCCUUCGUUAAGCACAUUUUAUCAUUCAUUGAGAAUUGAAGCAUCAGUAGACUCUUGUUUAUCUACUCCUCCCCCUCUUCCUCCCCCCACCCCCCAAAUAAAAAGGUAGGAAGAAGCCCUAUUGAGAGGGUUAUAACAGCCCAUGGACAAGCUUUAAAAGUUCAGCACCAACAAAAAUGGCAGUCUAGUGGUGUUGCCAUCUGUAGGCUGGCUGAAGGCUGUUUCAGCCUCAAUUUUUGUAGCUUACAGAUCAUUUUGUGUUGAUCAAAGCAAAAGUGUGCUGAGCUCCAGGACAAGGAUGGUCUGAAUAACCACCACAUAGUGACUUUUGGAGGUGCAUUGAUAAUCUCUUAAAUGAGUUGCUUAGCUCUCCCAACUGGAGGAAAACUGCGACAGUUAGGAAGGGACUAGUCUUUCAUCAGCGCUGAGGGGGUUGUUUUUAUUCCUGAGCUUCAUAGGCUCUGGAAUAAUGUGUAUUUAACUAGAUUGACCUGAAAAAGAUCAGGGGGAAGGCUACAUGUUUGAAGCAUAAACUUAAAAGAAGCAAAACAAAUUCAUUGUUAAUUGUCUUGACGUGGUCAGAAUUAUUUUUCCCUCUUUCUAGAGUUUAUGUAAUGAUCGUAUCCCAAGACUAAGAGCCUCUACUGAUUUUUUUUCUUGUGUUUUAUGACUUGAUCUGACCUUGGAACAGUCAUUUUAUUUACCUUUCUACGGCAUAGUUUCCGCAAUGACUGAAGUCAUGUACAUUGUUUUAAGAAGUUAAUGUUUGUAAAGAAUUUUAGGUUUAUUGGAUGAAGAAGGAUACAUAAAUUGAAUUUUAUUUUAAAAGUGGCCAAAUAUCCCCUUCAGACUUUGUGAAUAAAACUGUCUCUUAGUCUCGGACUUUGCGCAAAGUUUUGUCCUGCAGUGAAUUUUGAUCACUAAGUUAUAAGCCUUGUAAAGCAGAGUUGCUCAUGGAAAUAAAAUAUUUUAGAACCUUAAUUAGAGCUGUGCCAUAUACAUAUUUUUUAAAGGAGUGUAAAUAUAUUUUCCUUUUACCUAGCACUUUGACAAAAGCUAUGAUGAAAAGUGCUUCUUAAGGUAGGUAUUUAUUAUUAGUUCCAGAUGAUAAAAUCAUAUAAGUACAAACUUCCUUUCUGUACAUUUGAAUAAAGUUGUUUCAUAUCUUUAAAAUCAACAAAAAAAAUUAACUGCUAUGUAAGUGUGAUCACACAAAAAUUCAGUGAGAAACAAAUGAAAUUCCUUAAGGGUUUUGUUUUUUUUUCUUCCACCCUUCCUCUUAUUACAAGGAUUUCAUACGUUUUGAAAAGCAGAGCACAUAGUUUAAUUUUUGACAGUUUCUCCCAGCACAGACCAAGGGCCCAAAGCUGAAAGAAAGCACACUUUUACAACUGUUAAUGCAUUUCAGAUAACAGUAGUGGAAGAUCUAGCUUUGUAAACAGAAACUGAAUUUUUAUGUCAUGCCUCAGUAUGGUCACUGAAAGGUUUUUAUUAGUUUUAAAACAGAAGAAGAAACCAAAAUAAAACCAUUUAAAAUAGUAUAGCCUUGAUUAGUUCACUUAAAUAAUUAAGGCUCAAUUGUGUUGCCUUUUUAAUAGUAAAACACUUCAACUGAACCACAGUUUAACCCUAAUUGAACAGGAAAUCAUCAGGUCAGGAAACAACUUCCAGAGCAGUCCAUGAAAAGAGGUUCUGACAAUAAAGGGGAAAAAAUGAAAUCCAAAUCCAUCAGAGUCAAGAAGUGAGCAAUCUCUGAUUUAAAGUUUGAGUGUAAGUGUAUAUAUACAGGAACGGCAGGAAGUAUGGCCCUAUGUCACGUCUAUUCUUGAUUCUGCCGCAGGUUCUCUGUGUGCUCUUGGGAGAGUCAACUUCUGUGUGUCUCAGUUUUCCCCCUUUGUGAAAUGGGGGAAAUCUAUGUGAGAGGAGAGUAAUGUAUGCAAAGCACUUUGAGAUCCUUGGAUGGAAGGCUGCUUAUAAAUGCCAGGACAAGUCUGCUGGGUUAGCAAGGUGGUAACAGCAUGUACGCUACUAAAUUUGAUACAGAGCCAGUCUUUAUUCUGGAGUGGUUGGUCUUGCAACAUCCAUACCCAAAAGAUUCUCUUGACUGACAAUCCUGACCUUGGCUGGCUGACCCUCCACCUCCCACUCCUUCACUUUGUUCUGGCUACUCUCACCCUGGCAGUGUCACUCACAAUGAGUAUAGACGAUGAUACCCAAUGGCUUGAGUGGGUAACGAAGCAGUUUGAAAGCAUUGCUGGGGAAGAUAAAGAAAUUGACUUGGAAGAAUUCAAAACUGCUCUGAAAGUGAAAGAGUCCUUCUUCGCGGAGAGGUUCUUUGCAUUGUUUGAUUCUGAUGGGAGUGGAACCAUUAGUUUAGAUGAGUUACUCAAAGCCUUGAACCUUCUCAUACAUGGAGAUGAAACAGACAAGCUAAGAUUCCUCUUCCAAGUUUACGACGUAGAUGGCAGUGGUUCCAUCGACCCGGAUGAACUGCGCACAGUCCUGAAAUCAUGUCUGAAGGAGAGCACAAUAUCCUUGCCAGAGGAGAAACUGGAUGACCUCACGCUGGCUCUUUUUGAGUCGGCCGACAAAGACAACAGUGGCUCCAUCACUUUUGAGGAACUCAAGGAGGAACUAGAAUGCUGUCCAGAGGUCAUGGAGAACUUAACCAUAAGUGCCGCCAACUGGCUAACGCCCCCGACCGCGGAACAGAAGAGCCACACGCCGCGCUACUUAACCCCAGCCUACUGGCACAACAACAGGAGGAAGCUGCUCUCCAUGGGCAGCUACCUGUGCCUGAAUACCCUGCUCUUCACCUGGGCCGCUCUGCGGCACACGCCCCGCGGGGGCUGGGUCAUGGUGGCGAAAGGCUGCGGGCAGUGUCUGAACUUCAACUGCACCUUCCUUGGGGUGCUCAUGCUGCGCCGUUGCCUGACGUGGUUGCGAGCUACCUGGGUUGCGAAAGUUUUCCCGCUAGACCAAAGCGUCCUCUUCCACCAGCUCGUGGGGUAUGUGGUGGGGGCUCUCACAGCAGUUCACACCGGAGCACAUGUGGGGAACUUUGUCAGGCUGACUCAGAUCCAGGAUCGCCCCGCGCUUUGGGAAUAUCUGUUCACCACUUGGCCCGGGAUUGGCUGGUUUCACGGGAGCGCCUCGCUCACUGGGAUUGCACUGCAGCUCCUCAUCUGCAUGAUGCUAGUGUGUUCCAGCACCUUCGUCCGGAAGAGCGGCCAUUUUGAGGUCUUCUACUGGACUCAUCUGUCCUACAUCUCCAUCUGGGCUUUGUUAAUCCUCCAUGGGCCUAAUUUCUGGAAAUGGUUUGUGGUUCCUGGAUUUCUGUUUGUGGUGGAGAAGACAAUUGGCAUUGCUGUGUCACGCAUGGGCGGGCUGUACGUUGUGGAAAUCAACCUCCUGCCAUCGAAGGUGACUCAUCUUGUGAUUAAGAGACCACAGUUUUUCCACUACAAGCCUGGAGACUACGUUUACCUGAAUAUCCCAGCGAUUGCGAAGUAUGAAUGGCAUCCUUUCACCAUUAGCAGCGCUCCCGAACAACAAGAUACCAUCUGGCUGCAUAUAAGAUCACAAGGACAAUGGACCAGCAGACUCUAUGAAUAUUUCAGGUGGCCUGAACCACUCAGCCAGGAGCCUAAACGGCUAAUGAGAAAUCUAAGAAAGCAGAGGUACCGCAAAUGGACCCAGGAGCAUCUUUUCCGCUCAUCUGGUUCGGAGGCAUCAGUAGCCACCAGUAAGGAUGAAACGGUUGAACUGACGUCUUACAAAGCCACCAGGUACCCUGACGGUGAACCUGCUGACAUCACCGUCACCAGAAGGGAUGAAGAAGAGAGCCCGCACGUCAGAGAAGUUUCUGCCAAGCUGAGUGAGAAUCACAGAGUUUGUAAUAUCAAGUGCUAUAUUGACGGUCCCUAUGGGACACCUACGCGAAGGAUCUUCACCUCGGAACAUGCUGUGCUGGUAGGCGCUGGGAUCGGGAUUACUCCCUUUGCCUCUAUCUUGCAAAGCAUCAUGUACAGGUAUCGCAUGAGAAAACAAAAUGAUCCCCGCUGUGGCUAUUCAUGGUCUGAGAGCCUCAAGGAUGACGAAAUGAAGCUUAGGAAGGUUGACUUCAUCUGGAUCAACCGAGACCAGAAGUCCUUUGAGUGGUUUGUCAGCCUGCUCACAAAGCUGGAAAUGGACCAGGCUGAUGAGGAACCAGAAGGCCGUUUUCUAGAGAUGCACCUGUACAUGACUUCAGCGCUCAGUAAGAACGAUAUGAAGGCUAUUGGUCUGCAGAUGGCUUUAGAUCUGCUGGCGAAGAAGGAAAAGAAAGACUCUAUCACAGGACUGAGGACCAGAACCCAACCAGGCCGCCCUGACUGGAGCAAGGUGUUCCACAGGAUGGCAGAGGAAAAUAAAGGGAAAGUCCAAGUCUUCUUCUGCGGGUCUCCGGCUCUUGCCAAGGUAGUCAAGGCUCACUGCGAACACUUCAACUUCAGAUUUUUCAAAGAAAAUUUUUAAUGAUCUCUUUCUGUCCAUCGCUGCCUUUCUCCGCAGCCCGGAGGGCUGUGUUUAGAAUCCACUUCCUGCAGGUGAUUUAAAGUGUAGCUUAGGUGUUUGCUUCUGUAAUUGCUGGCGCAUGCAUCAUACUUACAAGAGAGCUUUCUUUACCUUCCUCUCUGAUUGUAUGUGUGGGAAUAUACUGUGUUUGCCCAAAGCAUGGUCUAAACAUGCCCCAUAAAUAAAGCAUGCUUGUGUUCAGCUGAACCUGGUGUCUAGCACCUCCAGCUGAGUCCCAGUAGGAGCACAAAUAACACUUUGGCUUCUCUUUUGUGCAUGGUGUGCAACUCGGGUAGGAUGCCCCCGUCAUGAAGAAUAAAGCUCCCAUUUUGGGGAGGAAAUGUGGAAACUUUAAGGGGAGGGUGGAGCAGCACCAGUUCUAGGAGUUUACUGCCCCUUGGUAGCUAUGGACAGACCUUCAUAAAGGACCAGGGACAUAGGAGUUGCCAGAGUGGAUCAGCUCAGUUCUCCAUCCAGUCUGAUAUCCCACCUCAGGCAGUGGCCAGUGCCAGAUGCUUCAGAGGAAGGUGCAAGAAACCCCCAAGGGAGUAAUUAUGGAGUAACCUGCUCGCAGGGUAAGUGUCGUCCUGACUCCUGUCACUUAAAAGUUAGGCUGUACCCGGAUGCUUGAGAGUGUGUGCCCCUUCCAAACUAGUACCUGGGGGGUUAAAGCGUUAUAUUUUUAUUUAACUCAGGCUCAGAGUCUGGCUCUGUGGAGUCAAAAUAUUUACCAGCACCUGAAGUUCCGUAAAGCAACCUAGUGAGAUUGUCGGCUUACAGCAGAGAUGGGGCAAGCCAUAAAAUACACAUCCAGAGUCCAAGUGCCCCAAUUUGAGGAUUUUCAGUGCCAGGGUUUUGAUUCAGCCUGGGAACAAAAUUCAGAUCUUUAUCAGGGUUUGGCUUCUGAGCCCAUCCAAAGGUCAGGGGAGCUUGGGGUCCAGGGCUCGGGCCUAUCUCUAAAUACUAUCAGUUGGCUGAUAAGAAACAUUACAAGAAAAUAAACCCACUGGCCAGAUUCUCUGUAGUGGAGAGGGAUGGCCACAGGAAGCCUGGUUUACAGUCGACUGGCCCGGGCACAAGGCAGAGCUGCCCCUGUGCAAAGCUACCUUAUGCUAGCGGAGGAUCAGUCGUAGCAGAGCUCCGUCCCACCCCUUGACUGUCCGCAGCCCGCCACCCACACCCCGCAACAGAGCCACCCCUGCCAGAUUUAGUGCAGCAGAGCGUCCCCUGGGCAGGAGCAAUCUCUGCAGAGCGUUUCAGGCCGUGCUGAGACCCGUGUGCACAAAGUGGCCUUAGCAGACAGACAAGUGUGAAGAACAAACUUGCUCCGAGGAGCGCACGAUUCAGCCUGAGCGGGGGGCACAGAGAUGCAGCGCUGAUCUCGAGGGCUCGCUGUCGGCAGUUUAGGAAUGGGUUAAGUGCCUGAUGGAGUAAAUAAGCUUGUUUGUCUGUGUCCAAACUGACAUCAAAGCAUGAAUUAGAGUUUCUUCCACUCGGCUAGUUUAGAAUAUCAUAGCACAAAGCCUGGAAAUGCCAGUUCUUAGAGCCCAGACAGGCGUGAACUGACAAGCAGCUUGUUUGCUCUUAGGGCAGUUGGUUGCAGUUUUGUCAUCGCUCAGCUUGUUAGCCUUUUCCAACAGGACCAUGUCACUGCUUUACUCUUGGUUCCAUCUUGGCUAUGUCUCGGGGAGACAGCUCGAAUUUGGGGAGAUUUCUUUCCCAGGAAACACAGGGGUGCAGCCAAAGCCAGGAGAAAUGCAAGAGAAAAGGGAGACACAGAACCGUAAGGAGACUGAGGGAGCCAUUGGCGAACAAACCUAGCAAAAGCUGAAUGAGCCUCUUUCGUUCAGGAUUCUGGGUGGGGCUUGUAACAUUUUCAGCAGAAUAUUAAAUGCUCAAAACUCUUUGAGCACAAAGUGCUGGAUCAUCGUUAGUCAGUUUCACUUUGCGUGUGGGGUUGCAAACGGUUUGGUGGCUGAAAAGCUUGGCGCUUAAGCAACAUCAAAAAGUGGAUUUCCCCACAUGGUUGUGAAAGUGUCAGAAAGCUGCCACUUCGGGUUUCCACUCUGAACGCUCAUCUUGUGCCCCGCUGCCAAUCUCCGGUCUCGUCCCAUAACGUCCUCAGAGGUCUUUUACCAAGGGUGAAGCUCUGACUGCAGCCCAGGGCUGAGCACAGGACCUUGAAAUCCUGGGAACUUUAGGAAAGUCCAGCCCAAGAUUCAGCUGUGAACAUGGCAGCCAGAGCCCAUCUCUGUGUUUGGAGGAGCUGGUUGGGAAAUUAUUAUUGUUUUUUCCUAAGAAAAAUUUAGACCAAACCGUUUUUUUUCCCCAUUUCUGUUGAAAAUUUUCUUUUACUUUUUUUGGCUUUUGGUGAAAAACUGACAACCCAGAAUCUGAGAAAUUCCAGCUUUCGGUUACCACAAACCAAAAUGUUUUCAUUUUUUAGAGUUUGGGUGUGUCAACGAAAACCUACAAAUUUUCUAGCAAAAUGGACAUUUUCCCACAAAAUGGUCUGGUUCAUCAAACAGCCAUUUUCGGACAAAAACUUUAUUUUGAUGGAACAUUUUCAACCCUCUCUUGCAUUUUGGAUGUAGGCCCCCUUGAACGUUAGGAACACUUGACUUUGGGUCUCUCAGCCUCAGCUCAGAUUCAGACUCUGUCCUCGGAUUUCUGAUAGAGAGCACUGGAGACAGUAUUGUACUUGGUGUUCUUACAUGUUGGUCACGGCUCCCUGUCAUCGCUGUAAAAAUAGUGUUGUAAUGGGUCUUCUGUGAAUGAAAUCACAUAUUAAAAGAUGAGCCUGAUUCAUGGCAUUUAGACCCAGAAUCAGAGUC